GGAAGUUUUCAAAGCCAAACAUCGUCAGACAGGCAAGAAAGUAGCGCUGAAGAAAGUGUUGAUGGAAAAUGAGAAGGAGGGGUUCCCCAUCACCGCCUUGCGAGAGAUUAAAAUCCUCCAGCUCCUCAAACAUGAGAAUGUGGUGAACCUCAUUGAAAUCUGCAGGACCAAAGCAUCUCCAUACAACCGCUGCAAGGGCAGUAUCUACCUUGUGUUUGACUUCUGUGAGCACGACCUGGCUGGCCUUCUCAGCAAUGCCCACGUCAAGUUCACACUCUCUGAGAUCAAGAAAGUUAUGCAGAUGCUAUUGAAUGGACUUUACUACAUCCACAGGAACAAGAUCUUGCAUCGGGACAUGAAGGCUGCGAAUGUCUUGAUAACACGGGAUGGAGUCCUGAAGCUUGCGGACUUUGGGCUGGCUCGAGCUUUCAGCCUGGCUAAGAACAGCCAGCCAAACCGCUACACCAACCGGGUGGUGACUCUGUGGUAUCGGCCACCAGAGCUGCUCCUAGGGGAGCGGGACUACGGUCCCCCCAUUGACCUCUGGGGUGCAGGCUGCAUCAUGGCAGAGAUGUGGACCCGCAGCCCCAUCAUGCAGGGGAACACAGAGCAGCACCAGCUCACACUCAUCAGCCAGCUCUGCGGAUCCAUCACGCCGGAGGUUUGGCCGAAUGUGGAUAAAUACGAGCUGUACCAAAAGCUGGAUCUCCCCAAGGGCCAGAAGCGCAAGGUGAAGGAUCGCCUGAAAGCCUAUGUUAAGGACCCCUAUGCACUGGACCUCAUCGACAAGCUGCUGGUGCUGGAUCCCGCUCAGCGGAUCGACAGUGAUGAUGCUCUGAACCACGACUUCUUCUGGUCAGACCCCAUGCCUUCGGACCUCAAAAACAUGCUGUCCACCCACAACCAGUCCAUGUUCGAGUACCUGGCCCCACCACGCCGGAGGGGUGGGCACAUGCCCCAGCAGCCGGCUAACCAGGGCAGGAACCCAGCUGCCACCAACCAGACUGAAUUUGACAGGGUGUUUUGAGUGAGGGCUUCCCCAGCGGGGUCCUGGCUGGGCUGCUCCGCAGGUCACAUUGAGUGGGGUUGUCCCGGUGAUGUCUUUCUGUCU